AUGCUCACAAAUGCGCGUGAGGUUAUAAAAAAGUUACGCACCACAGUGUACCAACACUUACUAAAAAGAAUGGGGGCUAAAAGACCUGUGGUGGAUUGCCCCACGCGUUGGAGUUCGACUUAUGAUAUGCUCACUCGGCUACUAGAACUUCGGCCAAUAUGUACAGAGAAUUAUGAGCUCUAUUUGUCCGAAACUACGUGGAAUUCAAUUGAGAUUACUGUAGCCUCUUUAAAACCAAGCAACAUCUUGACUAAAAAGUUACAAAGUGAACAACUGACUAUGGGUGACUUUUACCUCAAUUGGAUAAAUUGCAAAAUAGAGCUGAAGGCGAUAAACACCACCCUCGCGUGCGAAUUACAUCGCAACAUGGAAAUUAGGGAAAAAGUCCUGUUCGAAUCUAAAGCGUUUGUCGCAGCUGUAUAUAUGGAUCCACGUGUUAACUUCCUGUUGAACACUGAUCAACUGGAGAUUGCAGAAAAAGCGUUGGUUAGUGCAUGGAUGAGGUGGCGCAAAUUAAAUAAACAAGACCGUGAUAGUACAAUGUUUAGCUCUCCUGUCGCCUCUACUUCAACGCAGCAGCAAAAUGAAGGUUCUCAGCUAGAAGAUUUCUUGGAUCAGUCAUAUAAUAAUACCCUGGGAGGAGAUCCAAGCUAUGGCUGCUGCGCUGGAGACGACUCAGAUAUCAAAAUAGACUUGAAAGAAUUUUUAAACAAACAGGUGCGCCUUCCUGUGAGCAAAAAUAUUUUAUUAUUUUGGGAAAGCAAAAAAAUAUAUUACCUGAUCUGUAUAUUUUAUCAAAGAUAG